AUGUUCCUUGAUUCGUGUGCCAAUUUUUCUCCCAGUUUCGCCAAUCUAUUUCUGUUUCCAAACGUCGAUGCUAUGCAGCAAACUCCUGAACAAUCCAAUUUGUCUACUCUUUCAUGUUGCGUCAGUAGACUUGUGAAAAGUGUUGAUUUCUCCUUCAUGGCCACUGGAAUAUUCCAUUCACUCAAUAUUGGCCGUAGUUUUGAGUUAGCUCGCAUGAAGGUAGGCAUAUCCACUUUUGUGAAUCCUUCAUCGUCCUUUCUGUCCUUUCAUAGUCCUUUUCACGGCCCGUAUGUUUCUUUGUAUCACUUCGUUUGGACAGCCAUUGCCGAGGAAGAUUCUAGUCAAUUUGUCUAG